AUGUCGUCGCCCCCGGCCACGUCCCCGGCCGACAUGGACUCGCACCCGCCUAUUCCCGUCUCCCAUCCGCGCACCUCGUCCCGCUCUCCGUCACAGACUCACUCGUCUCCGCAGCCACCCAUCUCGCCCCCCAGACCCUCCACGAACAGAUCUAGCUCAAACAACGCAACCCCCACCCCCACCGUCCCCGCUCCCGUCGCAUUCACACCCCUCAAGCCCCCGCUCACCCCGCCCGCCCCCUCCGCUCGCCAUAUGGACUCGCAGCAGCAGCAGCCCGUGUACCAGUACCAACAGCACGCCAUCCCAAGCAGCGCCACUGCGGCCGCGUCCAUCAUGCAAGAGGACUCCCUGCGCACCCCGAACGUCUACAUCAACGGCCUCCCCCCCAACUUUCCAGAGGAGCAGCUCUAUGCCAUGACCGAGGACUUUGGCGGCGUUAUCAGUGUCAGGACCUUCACCCGCCAUGUCAGCGAUCGCCCGUCUGGAUAUGGCUUUGUCUUGUUUGACAACGUCGACAGCGCCGAAAAGUGCAUCGAGUCUCUCCGUCGCUACCGCAAUUUGCACCCCUCUUUCUCAAAGCAAAUUCACAAGAUUCCUGGCACGCCUUAUGCAAGCCUCACGGCAUCCUCAUCGUCCUCCUCCGUCUCAACCUCCUCUUCGAACGAGUCGGCGGAGACGUUCAAGGCUCGCAUGGAACGCCUCAAGGACCAGUCGAGCACGAAUUUGUACAUCGAGGGACUUCCGCUGAGCAUCGAUGAGACGACGUUAGCGGCUCUUGUCAACCCCUUCAUAAUCAAGAGCAGCCGGUUCUUCCAGACGCGCCUCAGCCAUCCUCCGAGGAUCAUCGCUUUCGUUCGGUUGGAGAGUCGCUCUGCUUGCGAGGACGUGAUUGAACGCUUGCAUGGGCGCAUGGUUCGCGGCUGGAAUGACGCUGGAAGCCGUAUCUCGGUACGCUUUGCGGACUCUGCAGAACAAAGGGAAUUGAGACGCAACGAACGGACCUCUCAAGAGGGAGAGCAGUCUCCCGCGAGGCUCACCAUGGCGCAAGCGGCGUUGCUCAACCUUCGCGGACAACAGAUCCAUAAUCGCUUCCGCAACGGUCAGCAAAGCGCGAGCGCUCCCAGCAUCACUGAAAUGCAGCGGCAGAUCCCACCUAUCGGAGAUCGGUAUCCGUCACCCGUCAGGGGACGAGCCACACAUACAGGGCUGCCCGUUCACCCUCUCACGGCGCAGUACCAUCAGCAAACGGAUACCGGCGUUGGUUUCCCCGCUUCUCGCUCUGCCCCCGCUCGCUUGCCUGCGCGCGGUCCUUCCGCGCUCCCCGUGACAGAGCCUGUCUUUGGAAAUGACAUCGAUCUCUCGCUUCUGUCCAGGACCGCCAGCGCGAACGGAUUCACUCCCCUCGAGCAGCAGCUCAUCUUGCAGGCGCAGGCGCAGGCUCAGGUUCAAGCGCAGCUGCGCGCAGAGGUUGAGGCGAGGCAGGAAGCCCUCUACGAGUCUCAAAUGAACGGCGCUCUUUCCAGAGGCGGCAAAGGGCCUCGCUCGACGGGCCGCAUGAACCUCUCUAUGGCCAUGGCAUCCAAGGAAUUCGUCCCCCGCGGUCUGCUGUCUCGGAUCCAGGAAGCCCAGUCGACAGAUGGCUACUCCUUGCCUUCGCUGUCUCCAGUCGACGUUCUAUCGCCGAGAUCGGAGGAGGAGUUCCACGCGACCGCUCAGCUGCAACAGCAGCCCUUUGAACAGCAGCGUCACACAUCCGCUACGAUGUCCCUUGGGUUCAACACGGACACUCGCACCAACACAUCUAUUUACGACAAUGGCAAGACUCACGACCCUAGCAACCACCUCUCAAGCUCGCUCGACUACACCUUCUCUAACAUUCAGACCGAGGGCGGUCGGAUGCAGAGCAAUCAGGCCUUGCACACACGCUCGACCACUCUUCCCCCUCACUUUAUGUUGGGGGGCAGCAGCGUCAACAGCACAAACACGCUUAGCAGUAUUUUGUCUCCCAAUCUUAAUUCUAUGUCGAACACCAGGAACAGUAACAACACGACCGCUGAGGCUCUCGCCUCCAGACUCAACGCCGCGCUUCCCACCAUCUGCACCAUCCCGAAAUCCAGCUCUAGCAGCACCAUUCAUUCUAUCUCCAGCGACACCGUUUCUUCGAGCAACAGCAAUAUGAGCAGCAUCUCUUCUUCGUCGAACGGCUCUUCUAAUUCUACUUGCACCACAUCGACCUCCGUCUCGGCACACUCCACCGCCGACUCGCCGCUCCUCGUGCCGUCCCCCGCGCUCACGUACAACUCCUCUGCAUCGUCGUCGUCGUCCCGCACUCCGUCGACGUUGAGUCCAACCACACCUUUCUUCGGCUCGUUCGCGCAUGCCGGGGAGGGGUUUGGAAACGCCGGCAACGAGACGUACGGCAAGGGUUCUGUCGGGGAAGCCGGGCAGGACCACGCGCACCAGGAUGUGACUCCCACAGAAGCUUUCGUCGGCAAGAUGAGGGUGGGGAGUCAGUGA